AUGGCCACCGAGACGACUGCAGUCUUGCCGAUGACCGACGAUGAGGAACGUAGUGGCGCUGUCAACCAAGUCCCCAGCGGCAUGUCCCGUCAACUGGCAGUGACCGGUGGCAGUAGCAACUUUGGGGAACUCGCUGUCUUCAGCCGCGGACAGCGUGAGCGCGUUCCAAUGCAAUCUCAGCUGCUAUCCGCUUGGGAGCGGCGGCCGCUACAGGACCAUCCGCGUCUCGCAGAUCUUCAGAAACCGGCGGACGACCAACUGGCUGGAGGACAGUCCAUGCUCCGGGGAAGCUCAUCCGGCGGCGCGAGGGAAUUACAGGAUAGCCGGCGCUACAUGCUGUUUCGAUGCACCAUCGACUCCAGUCCUGCUCUCUGCUUGUCACCUCAGUGGCUGAUCGAUACAGUGAGGUACUCGUCCACCCCUGCUCCAGCGGAGACUUCCUUUUCUUUUGCUCGCUUCAAGCACGAGGGCAACAAGUAUCGGUGCCUAGUUUUCAUUUCCAACCCUCCUGAAGACAAUAUCCAGCCGACCUCGGUUCUUUGCCCGCCGCCUUCAGCCAUUUUGCCUCGUCCUAUCCAUAAAAGCAGCUCUUUGCUGUCUCGCGAGACUCUGCCGCCCUUGAAGCCGCAGACAUCUGCCGCCCUGGAGCGGGCGUACGGCAUCAGCCCUCACGCGUCUCACACUCCAGCGAUUCCCAAUGCAUCGAGCUCCCAGGCCAACAUAUCGUCUUAUCAGCCUCAACAGCAGCAGCACCGCGAGUCUUGCCACCGUAUCACGCCCCAGCCCGAUGAGAACUCUUCUGAUGGACGUGGCAGUGUUGUAUCCAAUGGCAUUGAUGAGGCCGAACGACCUACACACGCCGUCGGCUUCCAGGGUCGCUGGAGCCUCCUUUGCAGCGCUUCUCGCUGCGCUGCUGUCGCUACCUCUCGCACCUACAAUGCCAAAAGCAUAUUCGACCUGAUCAAGAAUGUCGGCGGCAAGUUUCCCUGCCCUCACUGUAACAAGGUCUACAAGCGAAAGAGCAACUUGAAGCUCCACCUCUUGCGCCCCCUUAGUCAGAAUCACGGUCUGAACCACAGUAAUGGUCCGGAUAUCAUGCCUGCGGAUGGCACGGUUCAGUCUGAUGGUAUGAUGCCCGUGCCGGACAGGUCGAGCAAUCAUACACACCACCGACGUCAGUCCUCGCCUUCCAUCCGCCCAGAUGAGCUUGAUGAUGGCGGUCAUCAUGACGGACGACAUUCGACAGACUCUGCCAUUGAUACUUCUGGCCAACUUUGCAAGAUGCAGAAGUACGACAUGCCUCCGGUCCAAUAUGAGAUGUUGUCCAAAGACGGGCCUGAUGUCGACCAACAAUCAGGCCUCGAUGAGAUUCCAUUUUGCUACACUAGUGUGCAGCAAGCCUAUAAAAUCCGCAUCCGACUUCCUCCUAUUGGCGUCGGAAGUAUACGAGGACCUUCUGGCCAACUGGACCACAGCGAUUCCCUUUUCUUUGCGAUCUGGAAGGUGUCGGCUGCAGCACUGCUCUAUAUCCUGGUUGUCCUCAACAGCGCGUCUCAGCAUCAUAAGGAAGCAACCGAAAAGUACAUUCAAUAUCUUGAACAUUUCGACGUCUCCACUGGCAUAUCCUCUUUACCCCACACUGCACCGGAGCAACCUCAUCUCCUCUGCGACUCUGCCAUGGAAGUCCAUCCCGAAGCUCAAUCCUAA